AUGGCCACUUUUAUUCUUCUUGUCCUUUCUCUCCUAGUGGCCUCUCCAAGCUGGGCGUUGCCUCUGGAUUCCCACAACUCCGUGCCACAGCUCAAGUUUCCUCCCGUUGUGCCCGGCAACCUCUUUUGCAGCGUAGACAUUCCAAUAAUUUCCCAAUGGCUGUGUCCUAGGGACUCGUCCUCCUCGUCCUCAGCCUCGUCCUCAACCUCAACCUCUGUCUCUACCCCUCUGGGAACUGCAGAAGGUGUAUCAGAUAUUUCGGGCGUCAUCAGAUUCCCUGUCAGGUAUGGUACCGCCGACCGAUGGCAAUCCUCCUCAGUAGUGACAUCGUGGGAUCUACCAUCCGGAGCAUCAAACGCGUCCGGUUUGCCUUUGGCUUGCCCUCAAACGGAUGCCGAUGCUUCGAGUUACUCGGAAGACUGUCUGGCGAUGAUACUUUACGUGCCUCCUUCGGUCCAGCCUGGCAGUGACGCCCCCACAUUGGUCUGGAUUCACGGUGGAUCGUUCAUCAGCGGUUCUGCGACUGCGCCUGGUCUAGAUGGUUCCAUUCUUGCUACCAAUACUGAAGCAAUUGUCGCGGUUGUUCAAUAUCGUCUGGGAGCUCUGGGGUUCAUGGUCCCCGAUGGCGAAACUAAUCUCGGCGUUAAGGAUAUGAUCACGGCUCUCCAAUUUUUGCAGGGCGUUCUUCCCAGUUUUGGUGGCGAUGCAUCCAAGAUCACACUCGAUGGACAGAGCUCUGGAGGCAGCAUGAUUCGGGCGCUCCUCGCUGCUCCUUCGGCGUCUGACCUCUUCCAAUCGGCAAUUCUACAGUCUGACCCGAUGGACUAUGGAAUGCUGAACACGACGAUGCAGAGCACGCUGCAAACUUUUUACAACGAGCAGAUUUCAUGUGCUUCUACCGACACAUCCUGCCUCGACUCGCUCACACUCGACACCGUUCUCAAUGCGCAAGUAGCUCUUUUGAACAACUCGAACAGCCUUUGCCCCGCCGCCGGCAUCGCUGAACCAAUCCGCCCUGUUCGCGACGGUGUUCUCAUCACAUCCCCGCUCGACUCCACUGCACCUUUCCCUCAGCAGACGAAACCUAUUUUGCUGUCCACCGUCCUUGACGAAGCAAUGCUCACCAUCUACGGCGAAUUCCCACAACCUAUCUCGAACGACUUAUAUGAGGAAGUUGUCAAUGUCACGUUUGGCGAGCCGCGCGCGGGCCGCCUGCUGGCGCAGUCUGAAUACGUCGUCCCCGCCGCGACGAACGGCGAUGUCACGGAGGAUGCGCGACCGGAGCUGCAAACGAUGGGUACGGAUCAAGUGUGGCGCUGUGCGACAUGGACAUUUGCGCGCAACUGGGUUACAGCGGGCGGAUCGGCCUACGUGGGCUUAUACGUUGUCGGCGCGUCGUACCCUGGCAACUCCGACGUGCCCGAAUGCGUACAAUCCGGAUCCGUCUGCCACCAGGACGACAUCGAGAUUGUGUUUGGCACCGUGCCCAGCCCCACAAGCGAGCAGUCCGCGCUGAUCAAUGAGAUGCAGGCGCGCUACAGUGCAUUCAUGCGCACGGGAAACCCCAACACAGGCUCAUACCCCAAUUGGACGGCCGCGACCGGCGAUGUCAUCGACGCGCUCCAGCUUGGCGGGUCAGGGAACUACGCUGUUGGCACGUGUUCGCCUGAUUAUUGGGGUGACUACGUGGAGUAUGACUACCAGGUCUACGACAUCUAA